UAAAUUGCAUGAAAACAUCUACCAACAUAGAGGGUAAAAUGGGAAUAGAAAAACAGAAAAUCAUCACAAUCAAAGCACUUUUGUUAGAUGACUAGAUUAUCUUUUAGCUUACAAAUCCCAAGAAGCUCUCUAAAGUCUAAACAGUGACAAAUAGAAAAAGGGUGUUAUGGUAAUUACAAUAACAGAAUCACUAUUAUAAAACCAUGUCUUUGUUCCUUAACAUAACAUGAUUUUGAUAGUGUUACUCUCGAGAUGGAGAAGAAAAGGAUAUGUUUGACAUUUCUGCUUAUGAUAACUGCAUUGUUGUUCUGCAUGGCUAAGGUAUCAUGUGCUGAUUCUAGUGUCCACAUUCAAGAACAAUUCACUGAUUUUGAGGUUGUAAAAGGACCUAAUAGAAGGCUUUUGUUAUUUGUUGACUGUAGAACAAGGUGCAAUGUGAGGUGUAGUAAGCAUUCAAGGAAAAACGUUUGCAUGAGAGCUUGUGCAACAUGUUGUUUGAGAUGCAAGUGUGUUCCUCCAGGUACUUAUGGUAAGAGAGAAUUGUGUGGAAAGUGUUACACUGGUAUGACUACUCAUGGCAACAAGCCCAAGUGCCCCUAGUUCAAGCGGGGACCGGGUUUCCUUGCAGUCAGGAAAUCACGCAUUCACAUAUUCAGAACAUUAGUAGUUUUUUUGUUAAGAUUAGUUUUCAUGUAUUAUAAGUAUUGAUCAAGAUUAGUUUCUAUGCAUUAUAAGUAUUUGUGUGUUAGUUUGUGUACUUUUUGUGAGUUAUAGGUGUUAUCCUUAAUGAGUUUGAUAUGUGGAAUAAACAUUUAGUGAAUAAGUACUACACUUUUGCUUUA